UCUCCAGAAGCCCGGGUACUUCCAUCCUGAGAGGAUCAGCAAGGUCAGAGUGGCAGCUCCCUUGCCCAGCACAGAGGACAGAUUGCAAUCAGCCCAGCGAGUCUGCAACAGCGUCUACACCCCAAUUCACCUUGGAAAAGAUAACAGGACAACAUCUUAUUCUAUUGUUCAAGAAAGAAGUGACCUUGUCGUGUACAGGAAAACAAUGCUGUUUUGGAUGUUAGCCCUCGUAAUCCUUUGGGGUAUUCUGUGGAAUUAUAAAAGACAACUAAAGAUUUCAGACAUCACUGAUAAGUAUAUUUUCAUUACUGGAUGUGACAAGGGCUUUGGAAACUUGGCAGCCAAAACUUUUGAUCAAAGAGGAUUUCGUGUAAUUGCUGCCUGUCUGACGGAAUCGGGAUCAACAGCUUUAAAGGCAGAAACCUCAGAGAGGCUUCACACUGUGCUUCUGGACGUAACCAACCCAGAGAACGUCAGGCAGACUGCCCAGUGGGUGAAAAACCACGUCGGGGAAAAAGGUCUCUGGGGUCUGAUCAAUAAUGCUGGCGUUCUCGGCGUGCUGGCUCCCACAGACUGGCUGACAGUGGAGCACUACAGAGAACCUAUAGAAGUGAACCUGUUUGGACUCAUCAAUGUGACAUUACAUAUGCUUCCCUUGGUCAAAAAAGCUCAAGGGAGGGUUAUCAAUGUCUCCAGCAUUGGUGGUCGUCUUGCAUUAGGCGGAGGAGGCUAUGCUCCAUCUAAAUAUGCAGUAGAAGGCUUCAAUGACUGCUUAAGACGAGACAUGAAAGCUUUUGGUGUGCAGGUCUCUUGCAUCGAACCAGGAUUUUUCAAAACAGAAUUAUCAGAUGUAAUAAAGUCGGCUGAAAAAAAACUAGCCAUUUGGAAGCAUCUAUCUCCAGAUAUCAAACAACAAUAUGGAGAAGGUUACAUUGAAAAAAGUCUGGACAAACUGAAGGUUACGAGGCUCUUUGUGAACUUGGACCUCUCCCUGGUGGUGGAGUGCAUGGACCACGCUCUCACCAGUCUCUUCCCUAAGACCCGUUACACUGUUGGAAAAGAUGCCAAAACUUUCUGGAUACCUCUGUCUCACAUGCCAGCAGUUUUGCAAGACUUUUUAUUGUUGAAACAGAAAGUGAAGCUGGCUAAUCCCAAGGCAGUAUGACUCAGUUGACCACAAAUGUCUGCCCCGGGCCGCAGGUUUGGCU